GGGGCGUCCUCGGCGGGCCGGCUCCGCCGCGGGCUGCGCGGCGCCUCGCUCAUGGCGCGCCGGCGGCCCGAGCUGCUGUGCGGGGCCGUGGCGCUCGGCUGCGCGCUGCUGCUCGCCCUCAAGUUCACCUGCAGUCGAGCAAAAGAUGUGAUCAUCCCAGCAAAGCCGCCCGUCAGCUUUUUCUCCUCGAGGUCUCCGGUUCUCGACCUCUUCCAGGGGCAGCUGGACUACGCGGAGCGCGUGCGCCGGGACUCGGAGGUGGUGCUGCUGUUCUUCUACGCCCCGUGGUGCGGGCAGUCCAUCGCGGCCAGGGCGGAAGUGGAGCAAGCAGCGAGGCAGCUUUCAGACCAGGUGUUGUUUGUGGCAAUUAACUGUUGGUGGAACCAGGGGAAAUGCAGAAAACAGAAACACUUCUUUUAUUUUCCUGUAAUAUAUCUGUAUCAUCGGAGUUUUGGACCCAUCGAGUACAAAGGCCCCGUGAGCGCUGUUUACAUUGAGAAGUUUGUCCGCCGGGUGAUGACACCACUGGUCUACAUCCCAUCUCAAUCAGAAUUACUAGAUUUUCUCUCGAACUACGAGCCUGGAGUACUUGGCUACUUCGAGUUCAGUGGCUCGCCCCAGCCUCCUGGGUACUUGACCUUCUUCACUUCAGCGUUGCAUUCAUUAAAGAAAGAUUACCUAGGAACAGUACGAUUUGGGGUUAUCACAAAUAAACAUCUUGCGAAACUGGUAUCCUUAGUACACUCUGGAAGUGUGUAUUUACAUAGACAUUUCAACACAUCACUUGUCUUUCCCAGGGAGGUCAUCAACUACACAGCUGAGAACAUCUACAAGUGGGCCUUGGAAAACCGAGAGACGCUCCUUCGAUGGCUGCGGCCCCAUGGCGGCAAGAGUCUCCUGCUGAAUAAUGAGCUGAAGAAAGGACCAGCACUUUUUUUAUUUAUCCCUUUUAAUCCCUUAGCUGAAAGUCACCCUUUAAUCGAUGAGAUCACCGAAGUGGCCUUGGAGUACAACAACUGUCACAGGGACCAGGUGGUGGAGCGGCUCCUUCAGCACCUGCGGCGGGUGGACGCCCCGGUGUUCAGCUCCCUGGCACCUGAGUCCCCAGUCGGGCUGCCGGAGCCACCACUGAUCACAGCGUCCCCCUGCUGUAACACCGUGGUGCUGCCCCAGUGGCGCUCGCUCUCCAGGACCCGCAAUGUCUGUGAACUGUGUGUCAACCAGACGGCGCGGGUCGUCGGGCCGGGCUCCAUCAGCACGCCGCGGUGCAGCUUCUUCGAGAUGGCAGCCGCGCUGGAUUCCUUCUACCUCAAGGAGCAGACCUUCCAUCAGGUGGCGUCGGGCAGCACGGAGUGCAGCAACUUCCUCAGUUCCUACAGCCCUUUCAGGUACUACACUGCGUGUUGCAGGACCGUAAGCAGGGCCAUGACGGGCCUCCUUGGGUCUGAGCGCGAUGCCUCUGAGAGCCCGGCCACUGCGUUUUCUUCCCUGGAGGAGAGCUGUGAGGUGGGCCCCGCGAGCUCCGUUCCUCACAUUGAGGAGAACAGGGACCUCUUUCCUGAAGCAGACGUGCGUAGCACGGACUUCACGGGCCUGAGCUGCAGGACCAACAAGACCCUGAACAUCUACCUGCUGGAUUCGAAUUUGUUCUGGUUGUACGCAGAGAGGCUGGGCGCGCCGAGCGCCGCUCGGGUGAAGGAGUUCGCCACGAUCGUCGACGUGAAAGAAGAGUCUCACUAUAUCUUGGAUCCCAAACAGGCUCUCAUGAAGCUCACCCUAGAGUCUUUUAUUCAAAACUUCAGCGUUCUCCACAGCCCCUUGAAAAGGCAUCUUAUUGGAAGUGGCUCUGCCCAGUUCCCUUCUCAGCAUUUAAUCACCGAAGUGACAACUGAUACGUUUUGGGAAGUAGUCCUUCAGAAGCAGGACGUUCUGCUGCUUUACUAUGCACAGUGGUGCGGCUUCUGUCCGGCCCUCAAUCACGUCUUCAUCCAGCUAGCUCGGCUCCUGCCAGCGGACACGUUCACUGUGGCGAGGAUUGAUGUAUCUCAGAAUGAUCUGCCUUGGGAAUUUAUGGUUGACCGUCUUCCUACUGUCUUAUUUUUUCCUUGCAAAAGAAAGGACCUCAGUGUGAAAUACCCCGAAGGCCUGCCCAUCACCCUCCCAAACCUGCUGCGGUUCAUCCUGCAUCACUCAGACCCUGCCCCUGCCCCCCCGAGCUUGGCGACCCCUCCGACGAGAGAGUGUCUCCAGAGCGAGGCGGUCUUACAGCAGGGCCACAUCUCCCACCUGGAGAGAGAGAUCCGGAAGCUGAGGGCAGAGAUCAGCGCCCUUCAGCGGGCGCAGGGGCAGGUGGAGGCGCGGCUCUCCAGCGCGCGCAGGGACGAGCACCGGCUGCUGCGGCAGAAGCAGACCCUGGAGAGGCAGCACGGCCUGCUCCAGCUGCACAGCGAGCAGCUGCAGGCCCUGUACGAGCAGAAGACGCAGGAGCUCGAGGAGGUGGCCCGCAAGCUCCAGGAGCUGGCCGACGCCUCGGAAAGCCUCCUCACCGAGAACACGUGGCUCAAGAUCCUGGUGGCGACCAUGGAGCGGAAACUGGAGGGCAAGGACAGAGCUGAAAGCCCCACUCCCCCAGAAGAGGCGCGCGCUGUCCCCCCGGAACCUCCAGGUGCCCCCCGCCUACCUGGCAGCACCCCGCCUUCCAACGGCAGCGCCAUGCUGGCGUCCGACAGGAGCAACGAGAACAGGACGGACUGACAUUUAACAUGACAUGAAAUCAGAGGUGAAAACUGUACAUUGGGAAUAUAUUUAUGCAAAUUUUAUUGAAAUUUAUUGUAAAUAAAGAUUUUCUCAGUGGUCUAGAAAAUCA